AUGGCCAAGCUGGCUCGUACACAAGCCCUAGUGUCGACACUGUUUAGGAUAGUCACAUAUCUCUUCCUUCGGGUGGCACCCCAUCAUCUGUUCAGAAAUUCCAUAGCUACUCUAUAUCCUGUUUAUCUAGUCCUCUUCUACCUUCAACCCUAUCCUGCAACUAGUCGCGUAGCGGAGACGCCAAAAAAGGAGACUGUCUCUGACCUUAAGCCGGAAACCGAAGCUUCAACAGAUACUGUAGCACCUAUCAAGGUAUUACCGGUCUCGGAGGUGCCGCAAUCCUCAAGCAGCCCUCUAUUCGCGCUUAUAUUCUCGCUGCCAACAUCGAGUCGUUCCUUACGCAUCGUCAACCUUAUAAUCAACACUCUGCUAUUCACAGCUGCCACAGACCUUCUCCUGUACCCCUACUUUGACGAUGCUCGAGAUGUAGUCUUUUCACGAGUGGGGGCAGUCUAUUCCGAUGCAGCCAAGAUUGUGGUCCGCUAUCCUGGCGUCGAUUCUACAUCGCGCAUGGUCCAGAUCUCAUGGAGGCAGGUCACCAGUCCGGAGUUCACAAGCGAUGAGUUUUGGAAGGAGGGACCCGCAGCAAAUUUGACCGCGGAAAAUGAUUGGGUUGCGACUGUCAAGUUAACUGGCCUCUGGCCUAGCACCGAGUAUGAAUACCAGCUUGAGGAUACAAACGGGACGGUACUUCCAUAUCCUACAGCUCCAAUUCGAUUCCACACGUUCCCCGACUCACUGUUACAUAGCGGUUCUCACUUCCGUUUCGUCGCUUCAUCUUGUCUGAUCCCAAAUUAUCCAUAUGUACCAUUUCAUGGCCGUAGAAUCCGCGGGUUUGACUUACUUGCAGACUACUUGUGGCCUGCAGUGCAGGAGACUGAUUUGGCAGAAACGAUUUCUUCUGCGACAACGGGGACAACUGAUCCUGUUGAAUCCGGGUCGACAGAGAUACCUUCCUCAUCAGUGCUAGAAUCACCUUCACCGACGCACAAUCACCCGGUUGUCGCGACGGAACCCGGUUUGUCAACAAAACCGAAGCCACCAACUGAGUUCAUGCUCAUGUUGGGCGACUUCAUAUAUGCGGAUGUGCCAUGGUAUUUUGGAGACGAUAAAGAGGCAUAUCGCCGUCUGUAUAGGAGAAAUUAUCAGAGCGACAGUUUCAGGAGAGUGUACGAGCAUCUACCAAUAUUCCACCUUUAUGAUGAUCACGAGAUCAUCAAUAACUUCGCAGGGUAUGGCAACGACUCAGCUCCCCCAUUCCCGAGUGCGAACGAUGCCUACACGCUCUAUAAUGCCCAAUCAAAUCAUGAUUCUGCUGGGGAGAGUCAAAACUACUACGAAUUCCAAUACGGCGAUGCUGCAUUCUUCGUCAUGGACACGCGGCGAUAUCGAUCGGUCAUUGAAGUCACCGAUGAGGCUAGCCGCACUAUGCUGGGCGACAAGCAGUUGGGUGCUCUGUAUGACUGGCUGGGAAGGGUGAAUAACACGGCGACCUUCAAGUUCCUUGUUUCUUCAGUGCCAUUCACUUCGCUAUGGACGCACGAGGGUCAGAUCGAUACUUGGGCUGCAUUCGUUUACGAGAAGAGCGCAUUACUCAGUGCUCUCCACUCCGUGCCCAACGUCAUCGUGAUUUCUGGCGACCGGCAUGAAUUCGGCGCGAUUGAAUUCACGGGCGAGGAUCCGAGCUUCUCGGUGCUCGAGGUAUCGACGAGCCCACUGAGCAUGUUUUAUGUACCUCUCAUCCGUACGCUGAAUAUGCGAAGUGAAGGCACGGUGUUAAAGAAGCGCGAAGUUGUGCAGACUGCCGAAAACGGGACAAAGGAAGUUGUCACCGUUAUGGAAGAGGUACCCCAGGAGAAGGUGAUCAAGUAUCUCCCACUAGGAUAUCAUAAGUGGUCCUCUUUUGAGGUGGACACGCGGAACCCAGAGCAUCCUUUUCUGAGAUUAGAAGUGAUGAUUGAGGGAUCACCAGCAUACCACAUGGAGAUACGUGGACAUCCGGUCAGACUACAAACCUCGACAUCUAUAGGGACGUAUAUGCCACAGACUCUCAAAGGAGUCCUCGACAAAAUUGGGUUGCGACCUAGCCUUUGGUUCUAA